CACUUGUAAACAAUCUAUUAAUCAAUCAAAAUUCAAAUCUUUUCCUAGUUUAAAUCAAUUACAACAAUUUUCAACGCGUCUUCAAUAGAUCAGUAGUACAAUUCAACAAAGAAUCUCACAAUUUUGUUUGUGCUCAUGUUUUUACUUGGAUUGAAAAGCUAUAGAAGUGAUUUUGGUGUUGGAAUAUUUUCAACAACAUGAUUGUUUCAGCUCUUUUGACAUCUGUUGGAAUAAACACUGCUUUAUGUGUUUUGUUCUUUACACUUUAUUCUAUUUUGAGGAAACAACCGAGUAAUUAUAAAGUUUAUAUACCACGUUUGUUAGCUGAAGGAAUUUCUAGAAAAAAACCUUUCAAGUUGAAACAACUUAUACCUUCUCCUGAUUGGGUUGCAAAAGCUUGGAACCUUUCUGAGGAUGAACUCUUUUCGUCCUCCGGUUUAGAUGCUCUUGUCUUUAUGCAUCUCAUAACCUUCAGCUUGAAAAUAUUUACUUUUGCUGGGGUUAUUGGGAUCUUUGUGCUUCUUCCUGUGAAUUUGUGGGGAAAUCAGCUAGAAGAGGUUGAUAUGUAUGACUUUGCCGGUAACUCUCUAGAUGUGUUUACCAUAUCAAAUGUCAACAGUGGCUCUAACUGGUUGUGGGUCCAUUUUCUUGCUGUAUAUAUGGUAUCUGGAUUCACUUGCUUUCAACUUCAUCAUGAAUAUAAAUACAUAGCUUCCAAAAGAAUUUCUUAUUUUUCUUCAUCCAAACCUCUGCCACAUCAGUUCACCAUUUUAGUUCACAGUAUUCCUACUUCUUCAAGUUGCAGUAUCAGUGAGAGUGUUGACAGCUUCUUUAGAGAGUUAUACCCGUCUACAUAUCUCUCACAUGUCGUUAUUCGCCGCACAAACAAAAUCCAAACUCUCCUGAGUAAGUCAAAGAAUUUGUAUAAAAGGAUUCGACAAUUACGUUCAAAUUCUACUCAACAAAACUAUAACCAUGGUGGUGGUAUACUUGGACUUUUUGGAUCUAAAAAAGAUGACCUUAUAGAUCAUUAUGGAAAGAAGUUGGAGGACAUCGAGCAGAAUGUAAGAUUGAGGCAAGCAGAAGCUUCAUUGAUAGCAGAAGAGGCUCGAGCGGCUUUUGUGUUCUUCAAGUCCCGUUACGGUGCUGCAUCUGCUUUCCAUUUGCAACCGUCAAUCAAUCCAACUCAGUGGAUUACUGAGCCAGCUCCGGCACCUAAGGAUGUUUACUGGCCUUUCUUUUCUGAAUCAUUCAUGAAACAAUGGGUUUCUAAGUUGGUGGUUAUAGUUGUGUGUAUUCUUUUCACAAUUUCGUUCCUUAUACCAGUUGUACUCGUUCAGGGGCUUACCAACCUGAAACAAUUGGAAAUUUUGUUUCCUUUCUUGGCAAGUAUUCUAUCUAUAAAAUUUGUUACUCAAAUAAUUACAGGAUACCUUCCCAGUCUUAUUCUUCAGAUGUCUCUGAAGUUAGUGCCUCCUGUUAUGGGGUUUCUUUCCUCCAUUCAAGGAUACAUCUCACACAGUGAUAUAGAAAUGAGUGCAUCUAAAAAAGUAAUAUGGUUCACAGUAUGGAAUGUUUUUUUCGCAACCGUAUUUUCUGGCUCAAUUCUGCAUCAGCUCUAUGUCAUACUUGAUCUAAGGGAAAUUACUAGCAACCUAGCAGUGGCAGUCCCGGCACAGGCAUCAUUUUUCAUUCCAUAUGUUGCCACAACAGGAUGGACAAACGUGUUGUCAGAACUAUUUCAGAUACUUCCUUUCAUUUCAAGUUUGAUAAAAAGGCCCUUCACAAAACAAGAGGAUGAAUUUGAAGCUCCAUCUCUUGCUUACCACAGAGAUGUUCCAAGAAUCCUUUUCUUUGGACUUCUUGGUAUUACAUAUUUCUUCUUAGCUCCGCUAAUUAUACCAUUCCUCUUGGUCUAUCUCUGUCUUGCAUACAUCAUUUAUCGAAACCAGUUCAUAAACGUAUAUACACCAAAGUAUGAAACUGCAGGGAGAUUCUGGCCUAUUGUCCACGAUUCAAUGAUAUUUUCUCUAGUACUUAUGCAACUCAUUGCAGUGGGAAGUUUUGCAUUAAAAAAACUUUCUCCAGCUUCAACUUGGACUCUUCCUCUACCAGUAUUCACUCUUCUCUUUAAUUAUUACUGCCGAAGACGAUUCUUGCCUAUAUUUACUGCAUACUCAGCCGAGAGUUUAGUAAAGAAGGAUAGGGAAGACGAAAAGGAUCCUGCCGCAAUGAAUGAAUUUUACAACCAAUUGUUAAUUGUAUAUAAAGAUCCUGCUUUGUUUCCAAUUCAUCACUCAUCAAGCACUGAUAGUCUUGUUAGCCCCCUUUUAUCUUAAGCUCAACACUAAGUAAUCACAUUAUUCUACCAUAUAAGCUCUCUCCUGUAUGUAAUGUAAGAUUGCUAUUUGAAGAAAAAAUGGAGUGAAGAAGCCAGAAGAUGUGCCAUUGUGUGCAGAAGACCAGAAGCCACAGAAGCUUCAAUGUUUCCAGUGUCUGUUGUUUUGAAAUUUACUUGUAAGUAGUCAACUUUUGGAUUUACUCUUAAAGUUAGAUCAACCAUGUAAUUUGUGUAUAUUUAUUAUGAGUUUCAUAAGUGAGAGUACAUUAAGCCAUAGAGAUUAGAGUGCUGAAUUGCCACGUUUAGUUAGAAUAUGCAACAACUAAGUCAUUAGUGCAGUGGGCUCUGGAUUGUUUGUAAUGGUAGAAACUACAAGUGGCAUGCAAUUUUGGUAUAGGAAAGCAUACGUGAUUAUUUUAUUGAUUGUGUGAUAUUGUAACUAGAAUUCAUUUAUAGUCACAGUUCACUUUUGCUACAAGCAAUCAUGUUAUUGAAUUGAAAAUUUGAAAUUAUA